UCACACACACAGAAAAAAGAUGGUGUUUGACGGAGAAGCCGCGUCGUCGCUGGUGAAGGAACUGAGGGUGAGUUUCAGUUCCGGUAAGACGCGAAGUUACGAAUGGAGAAUAUCGCAGGUGAAGGCUCUUUUGAAAAUGAUGGCUGAACGAGAGGAUGAAAUUGUUGAUGCUCUUCGUUCUGACCUUGCUAAACCGCCACUCGAAACGGUCGUCUACGAGAUUGGUAUGUUUAAAAACUCAUGUGAACUCGUGCUCAGGGAAUUGAAACAAUGGAUGACACCAGAAAAGGCUAAAACUUCAAUCACAACUUUUCCGUCUUCGGCUGAAAUCAUACCUGAACCACUUGGUGUUGUGUUAGUCAUCUCCGCGUGGAACUAUCCAUUUUUGUUGUCCCUUGAUCCAGUUGUCGGAGCUAUAGCAGCUGGUAAUGCUGUGGUUCUAAAACCAUCAGAAAUUGCUCCGGCUUCAUCUUCACUGCUGGCGAAAUUGUUAGGGGAGUACUUGGAUAACUCGUCUAUAAGACUUGUGGAAGGAGCGGUGGAUGAAACUACUGCCUUGUUGCAACAAAAGUGGGACAAAAUUUUCUACACAGGUAAUGGAAAAGUGGGACGGAUAGUGAUGGCUGCUGCUGCAAAACACCUUACACCAGUUGUUCUUGAACUUGGAGGAAAAUCUCCAACUGUUGUUGAUUCAAAUGUCAAUUUAGAGGUUGCUGCAAGACGGAUCAUUUCUGGCAAAUGGGGCUGUAACAAUGGACAAGCCUGCAUUUCUCCUGAUUAUCUUAUAACAACAAAAGAAUUUGCUCCGAAAUUGGUAGACGCGUUAAAGACUGAAUUGGAAAACUGUUUUGGAAAGAACCCAAUAGAAUCCAACGAUUUGUCGCGCAUUGUGAACUCUAACCACUUUGCUCGCUUGUUAAAGUUCUUGGACGACGAUAAGGUUUCUGGCAAGAUUGUUUAUGGAGGUGAAAAGGAUGAAAGCAAAUUGAGGAUUGCUCCAACUAUUUUAUUAGACGUUCCACAAGAUUCUCUGAUAAUGAGUGAGGAAAUCUUUGGUCCAUUGCUUCCGAUAGUCACGGUAAGAAUAAAAGCACACAAAAAAGAACUCAUUUUAUGUCAUUUAGUUCAAAUUUCAUCUGUCUUCUUUGGUUAUUUUUUACAAUUUGGUUCUGCCAGAGCCGUAAACCGGCGCUACAUCAGUGAUUGUGUGCCUUUGAAAAUCCGCAUACAAGCAUCGGCAGGUUUUGUUAGUGCCAGCGCUCUUGGAAUGGCCUGUGGUCCUGCAUUAGCUGGCUUACUGCAGACGAAUUUUAAGAUUUACAAUGUUACAUUUAAUCAAGAUACUUUGCCAGGGUGGGUUAUGACUAUUGCUUGGCUUAUUUAUUCAAUAUGGCUGUGGAUCUCUUUUGUGGAACCUUCUCGUGAAUUUGAAGAGGACCGUAAAACAGAUAAAUCUCAGAAAUCUAAUGCUGGUACCUCUACUGAUGACUUUUACUUUUUCUAUUGUGAUCUAUCAAGAUAG